AUGGAUAACAAGAAGCAAAUACUUGCAUGGGAUUAUUAUAAGCAAGGAAAGUUCUCUGACAGUUUUGCAAUAUUAAACGAGGUUCAUUUCCCUACAUUUGACUCUGAAGAAAUUAAAGUCCAGAACAAUAAACUUGCUUGCAGAGCUCAGAGUUUUCUCUUAGGUCAAGAUGAUCAAAAUGCUACUGAUAUAUUACAGGAUCUAUCGAAGCUAAUAGAGAUUAUUUCAGGAUUACCUCUCAAAAAUGUUAUGAUUAUGAGAUGCUCGUUAUCCGCUACUAUUAACAGAUGUAUUCUCCACUUGCAAUGCCAAUCUGUUACUCCCAUUGAUGAAUUAGUGACAGAACUUACGAACUGCUUAAGAUCUAUUGCACUAGUCUUAACUGAGCAGGAUAUUAAGACAGACAAUGCAGAUGAUGAUAUUGGCCUUGUUGCAAAGAACAUCUUUAGCUGGGUUUCUGGCAACGGAGAUCUCAUGAUCGAACUUGUACCAGAUUUAUGGAAUGCAUAUUGCAUUAUGUCGGCUCUGCUACUCAUUAAAGAUAAAUACGAUACGGCUAGUAAAUUGUUGGAUCUACUUCAGCCGAGCUAUUUGGAUUCAACUGAAAUGUUGGAAAGUAAAAGAGAUGUUUAUACAGCUAUUAAAUGGCUCGCAUGUGAGGAAAUAAACUUCUUUUACAAAGAAAUAUUAUGUCUUCAACAACUGACACAAGAGAUUAGCGAUCCUACUGUAGUUCAUGUACUGCAAGGUUUUAAUAGCUACAAAUUAAACCGUAUCGAUCAAGCUCUCGACUACUUCAAAGUUGUUUGUUCACAACCCAAUGAGGUCUACAAAGCAACCGCAUUUAACAUGAUUGGAUGUUGCUUUGCAUCGCAGAAAAAAUAUAUAACAGCAUUGCUAAACUAUAAAGAAGCCCUUUCAAUAAGUAUUGAUAACGUGGAGCCACUACUUAACAUAGCCAAAAUAUUUAGAGUUACGGGUGCCAAAGAGAAGGAAGUUCAAAUGCUACAAUAUCUAGCAGAUGUAUUGCAUUUAUCUGUAGCACCGGAUAUUUCUAUUAUUUACCGUCUUGCGAUAACAUCGUUACUUUGCAAUUGUCAAUAUGAUGAUGCAUUAAUCAUAUGUAACUAUCUUGUAUCCAUAAUGGAAGAGAAAGUAGGACAUAUUGAAGAUGAAAUUGAAAAAUUACGAAGUUCCAGUAGUUACAUGCCGGUUACCAGUGAUGCUAAUCCUUCAAAAAAGAGGAAAGUGACAAAGGAGAGUUUAUCGACUAAUAAUAAUAUAAGGUUAUUUCUGCAAGUUUUACUGAUGAAAGCGGAUGCUCUUUAUCAUCAAAAGCAAUUUGAGGAAGCCAGCCAGUUAUUUACGAAGGCACUCCAAAUUGUGAAUAAGGUUUUACCAAUGUCUUAUCGUUUACAUAUGCAAGACGACCUAGUUGUUGGUGAUCCUAAUGGCUAUUUCGCAUCUAUUGCCAAAAUUAAAUCGAGAAUAUUGAAUAAUAUCGCCUUGAUUAAAAUCAACCAAGGAAAAUUAAGUGAUGGCUUGAAAUUGCUACAAGAUAGUUUCCAUUUUAAUGAAGCAAACCGAGAAGCAGCUUAUAACUGUACGAUCUUACUAUUUAUGCUUGAAAGACAGCGUGAUGCUUGUUUCAGUUGGUUAAAGUAUAGAAAAGUGGCUACAAACGUUGAAGAUGAUGAAGAAAGAAGCAAUACUGAACUUCGAGAUAAAUUAAUGUUACUUCGAUCAUCAGAAGUUUCGCAAGAAGAUGCAUCAUUUCGCGUUUCAGAUUACAUGGCACUACAGCUUGACAUUCACUGUUUAGAAGUUUUAAAUAAGAUUCAAAAGACAUCGAAAGGACGAAAUGUAAUUGCUUUGUAA